AUGGCUCCCUCUGAGGCUCUAUAUGGUACAAAAUGCAAGUCCCCAUUGUGUUGGGAAGAGGUUGAUGAGAAAAAAUUGUUGGGACCAGAAAUCAUUCAGAUGACAUCUGAGAAAAUUGAUGUGAUUCUCACUCCAAUGAAGGGUGUGAUGAGAUUUGGGAAGAAGGGGAAGUUAAGUCCUAGAUUUUUUGGUCCAUCUAAGAUCCUAAAAUGCAUUGGUAAAGUUGCCUAUGAGUUGGCCUUACUGCCUACACUUGCAGGAGUUCAUGAUGUGUUUCAUGUUUCCAUGCUAAGGAAGUAUAUCCCGGACCCUUCACAUGUUUUGAACUAUGAGCCACUCAAGAUUAAAGACAACUUAACUUAUGAGGAAGUUCCAUUUCUAAUUCUUGACCACAAGGAUCAAGUGCUACGCACCAAGACCAUAUCAUUGGUUAAGAUCCAUUGGAAGCAUCACACAAUGGAGGAUGCAUCUUGGGAGUGA